CUUAUGACUAAUUCAGAUAGAAAAAACGAAACAACCAAAGAUACAUUUUUGUUAUCCCUUAUUGAUCGGGUAUUGAAUUGAGAAAAGUGAGAAAAGUGAGAUCCUUUUAACAGUUUUUGAUCAUUAUUUCCAAUACUUCCGAAACCGGAUUCCGUGGACCGGAGUAGCCGAAGUUUGUUCGUAUGGUAAGCAACAAAUAUGCCCUUCCCAUUCGAACAAUUUUGAACCUAAUUAAAAAGAAUUUUCCCCUCUUUUAUCUCGUCGCUUUAGGUGGCGGUAUAAAAUUUUCAAAGCCUAGCCCAGCAGUUCCGGAAGCGGAAGCUGAAAAAACAGACUGAGUUCCCUUUUUGUCGAAUUCGAACACUAUUUUCGGUGCUUCUGGAAUCGGAAAUCGGGAACGAGGCUAGCCGGAGUUAAUUUUAUAGACCGUCUACUAACAGUAUCCGGAUGUAAUUCUGAAGAUUUUUGAAAGAUGAUUAGUACGACCGUACAAAUAUUUUGCAUUAAUUAUGGUUUCGGCUUUAGCGGUCUGUUAAAUAAAAACGGCUGUUAUAUACUGCCCGACGUUUCGACCACUGGUUAUGGUCUUUUUCAAGGGAAACUGUAAGUUUAUUGGUUAUAAAAGAUAUUACAAAAAUAUUUAAAAACUCACUAUCUUAUCGUUCCUCGUCUAAAAAUCGUAUGCCCACAACUCAGACAAUGGACCAACAAAAGCACACCAUUUUUCAAUAUCUCCGUCAAAACAACUAUCCCGCAUCACUCAUAAACCGUUUGAUAAAUAAAAUUCGCAAAAAAUCAUCAUCAACCACUACACCAAAAACCAAUAGUCAAAUCAUCAGCUCAUUAAAUGAAAACCUUCCUGCUAACCCCGAUAUACCCACACAACCAACAAUAGCCAGCUGUUCCAGCACUGAUCAACGAAAUACCAUAUAUAGAUCCAUACCACAUAUCAAUCAACUCACAACAGCAAUAUCAACAUAUUUGAAAAAAGACUAUCCGUUCAUCAAACUCGCACCGAAAACCAUCCAUACAAAAAAUAAAUAUUUACCACCGAUCAAAGAUCCAGUUCCUACACUCCAACAGGCACGUGUCAUCUACAGCAUUCCGUGCAACACAUGCGACAAAUGUUACAUAGGAAUGACUUCAAAUCAACUAAAAGUGCGGCUCAGUGGACAUAAAUCAAAUAUAACUAAAUACUUAAAACUAAUGUCAGACAGACCUGGAGACAUAGAUAGCGAAAUAGCAAAAUUAAAGGAAAAAACCGCACUGGUAGAUCAUGUCAUACGGUACCAACAUAAUUUUGAUUUAAGUCAGACUAAAAUCAUAGAUCGUAGUUUCAAAUCCACCUCUUUACCCAUAUUAGAAAUGUGUCAUAUUGUAAACACUCCUAACACUAUCAAUCACCGCACAGAUAUAGACGGUUUAAGUACUACAUACGCAGGCGUACUCCACACAGUUAAAUCUACCCACUCUAAGAUCUCUAGAUCAAAAGCACAACAGAAUGAUAAAUUACCAUCUCACCAUUCUCACUCAAGCUCAGUCACGCAAAUAAGUUCACUGAAUUCAGCACCAUCUAAUCAUUUACCCACCAUCUUUGAAAGUGACGUUAGGUAGUGCAUAGUGGUAAAACAGGCUAAUGUUCAAAACAAACGUUAUUAGUGCAACAAAAGUGACGAAAGAAGCUUUGAUAUUAUGUAAACAACCGUUCGUGGGCAUACGAUUUUUAGACGAGGAACGAUAAGAUAGUGAGUUUUUAAAUAUUUUUGUAAUAUCUUCUAUAACCAAUAAACUUACAGUUUCCCUUGAAAAAGACCAUAACCAGUGGUCGAAACGUCGGGCAGUAUAUAACAGCCGUUCUUAUUUAACAGACCGCUAAAGCCGAAACCAUAAUUAAUGCGUAAUUCUGAAGUUUUGUAUGGGACCAUAAGUCCUAAGUCGAUUACGCUUUAUAAGAGGAUGGUGAGUAAGUAAUCAGGAAUUAGUUUUUUUACGCUAGUCACCCUGUAAUUCGAAAGUUAAGAAAAUCGGUUUAGACAUCUCUGAGAACGACGAGUGCACACACACAGACACUCAACGUAUUCAACGCUUCGGUGCAAAAAUCAAUUCAUUGACAUUCUUUUACUCUUUCGAUCGCAAAAUAGCUGGUAUUUUUCAGAAUCGCAGCACCGUGUUUUAGCAAAAUCACACACCAGUAGUAGACAUUCGUAGCUGUAUCAAGAUUUUAGUUUAUUCAAUGCGGUUGAAAAUUACUGAUCAUGUGUGUGUGUGUACAGUGCUGAUGGACUCGGUUGUGUUUUCUUUCAAACCCAAGGUUCGGUGUUGGUUUUCGUUUUCUUUAUAGAGUGUAUUAAAAUGAAACAAAGAACGCUGUGUGCAUAAUUCGUAAAAAGCGUGUUGUGUUUGCUUCUUCCGUGCCAGCACGUACCGGUAUUGUAUCGUCAUUUUGGAUGACGGUUAGAAUGUUUUGACACUCAUCGUCCUGUAAUUGCGGAACCGGAAGUCGGAUCUAGAUGAAAUUUUACAGUAGCUUUGGAAACAAUGUGAUCUAAAAUUUGAAACAAGAUUUAUGGAAAUCGGCUCAAGCAUCGCUGGGAAAUUAUAGUGAAUUCUACUUUUGGAGUUUUUCCUCACUACUUCCGGUUUUUCCGAUACAGAAGACGAAAUACCAGUUUAUAUACCUACAAGGUACUCACCGAGAAAACGAUUAGAUCUUGCUGGGCGUUGAGCGUUUGUUGAACGACAUGUUAAACGAAAUACUCGUUCAGUUUGUUGGAACGAUUUUUGUUAUUUUUUUUUCCUACAAAAAUGGUGUGAAAAUUGGGUAUUUUCUUUAUAUAAAAAGUAAAUGUAUUGUUAUUCCUCAUGAAGUAGAAGUAUUCUACAGGUAUGUAGUGUCUUGCCUUUCUUUAUAGAAAGGUAAUUGAAUUGCUGGAAAAAACAACUUUCGAACUGAGCUUCGACUCAGCUCGACGAGAUCGGAAAAUUUCUGUGUGUGUAUGUGUCCAUUUUUCAAAGAUGUUCUCAGAGAUUCUCCAUUUUAACAAGCUUAGGCUCGUUUGACAGCUCCGUUAGAAGAAUAAUGGCUGUAACUUCUGGUUCCCGAGAUAUAAUGGUGUAAGUGACGUAACCGACAAAACACAUUGGAAAAAGUCUAGGCUCAUUCGAAAGCUACUAUUGAAUUAUGGACCAAGUUCUAAGAUCAAAUGGCUGUCUCUCGGUUCUAAACAUAUAAUGGUAUAAGUGACAUAAACGAAUAACCGCAUAUUUUUCAUUGGCUGAAUUUUCUCGAAGACGACUCUACAAAUUUCGGUAUACAUAGGCCAAUAAUGUCAGUCAAAGGGUAAUGACAAACAUUUCCUUUUCGAGAGAUGCAAUGUUAUAUAUGAAGUAACCGACAAAUUCCUGUGUUUUUCAAUGCAACAAAAUUUCUCGGAGAUAAAAGAAUAAAUUUCGAAAGACUUAGACUCAUUUCGAAGUUACUUUUUGGUUAUUUGAUAAACUCACAAUACUAAUGGCCGACAAUAAAAUCUCGAAAAUGUUUUAAAAUGGCAAGAAAAAAGUAUUAUCAUACCAUAAGGUGGAUUAAAAAGGUUUUUUUUAUUAGGUAUUCAGAAACUUUAAAAAUUCUCUAGUGAAACUAGUUCAACGGGGCUGAAACUUCAAAUAUUGAAAAUGGAUCAACAAUGGACCUCUGUCUGGUAAGUUCGUUGAACGAAAAAUAUGACACCUGAUUCAAUGGUCUGUUUUAAAAUCGGCAAACGAAGGUCCCGAAUCGGCCUUCUCCCGUUUGGCGAGUUAUUGGACAUUCAUCAUUCAUCAUUCCAACGUAUUCGACCAACGAGGGACUUCAGUCUGAUUUUUUUCUUAGAAGGUAGCCAAAGCUAGGUAGCUGUCCAAACGAUGUAUUAUAAUUCAAAAGGACGUUAUUUUUUCCUAUAUUCUGAAGUAUUCCCAACAUUUA